AUGAAUAACUUGGACGAGGUGACCGAGCAGUACAAGGAGAAAUUCCCACACCUCAAGUCCUACACAGAGUGCAUGUCGAGGACGUUCAUAUCGGGACUGGCUUCCACGUGCAUCACUUUCUCCGCCACGUACAUGGCUGUCAGCCUGCUGAAGAACAAGCUGCCGUCGUCGCGACCGGGCAAUCUGAACGUCAUGGCGGCUGGCAUCCUGGGCUCGUUGGUCGGAUUCCAGGUCGUGUACGUGCGCACCAAGGCGUGCAACAACGGCUGGCUGGCGGCCGAGAGCAAGGCGACGUACCUGAGCCCGGCGGUGCGCCGGCCGGCUGACGACAGUGCGUCGCGCGUCGACUGA